CUCUGUUCCACUUCACGAUGAGUCAAACAAUAUCUGGAAGGGCGUCAACUAUAUAACCCCCCUCUCCCUUGUUUUAUGCCGCUUCCUGUCCUUCUAAGUAGAUACGCAGACGUCUCCAUGAUUUCUCCCCUGCUCGUACGCAAUUUGCUUGGGGCUCUCUUUCUCUGUCAACGCGAAAUCAAGUCGAGAACCAAAGGGGAAUAAGGAAGAAGAAAAACAAAAACAAAAAUAGAAAGGGAAGGGAAGGGAAAGGAAAGAAAGAGAAAAGAAGAUGGGCUCCGUCGCCGCACAACUACGCCAGAGACAAUGGAAGAGAGACUCCUACCUCAUAUCCACCGACCCGUCGCUGAUCCCCAUGGACCAACUCAUGGCAGCCUUUGACUCGGACGACUUUUACUGGACCGACUCCCUACCCGAAGAAGCCAUGAGGGAGAUGGUGGAGCAGUCUUUGUGUUUCGGCCUCUACCGCGUCGAUGGCCAGGCCGCUUCCGAUGCCGGCGCCAGUGCCGAGGCCGGAGCCGAAGCCGGAGCGGGAGCGGGAACACCCGGCCCCGAGUCACGCGCCCAACUACAUGUACCCUCUCCCAACACCAAGCUGAAGCUCCUGGGGUUUGCGCGCUGCGUGACCGACUUUAUCACCUUCCUCUACCUGACGGACGUCUGGGUGGACCAUGACCAUCAGGGGGGCGGGCUCGGGAGCUGGCUUAUACGGAGUGUGCAGGAGGUUGUGGAGGACAUGCCGCAUCUGAGGCGGAGCUUGCUCUUCACUGGUGAUUGGGAUAGGUCGGUGCCUUUUUAUGAGAGGUUGAUGCAUAUGCAGUUGAUUGAUUGUCGGAGGGAGAGUGGUGGGUUGGCGAUUAUGGAGAGGAAGGGGAGGGGACAUCCUGGGUUUGGGAGGGAGGGGACGGGGUAUAACUAG